AUGGAAGAGUUUGUUACAGGUUGUCGAUCUGAACAACACCAUGAUAAUCAAACUAAAAUUCAAAGAGAAAUGUCCCAUGAUGUCUCCAGCAUGUUGAACCAACCAUACUAUGGUUGGGUACAACCAUACUAUGGUUGGGUACAACCAUACUAUGGUUGGGUACAACCAUACUAUGGAUGGGAAAAAUCAUACUAUGGUUGGGUACAACCAUACUAUGGAUGGGAAAAAUCAUACUAUGGUUGGGUACAAUCAUACUAUGGUUGGGUACAAUCAUACUAUGGUUGGGUACAACCAUACUAUGGUUGGGUACAACCAUACUAUGGUUGGGUACAACCAUACUAUGGUUGGGUACAACCAUACUAUGGUUGGGUACAACCGUACUAUGGUUGGGUACAACCAUACUAUGGUUGGGUACAACCAUACUAUGGUUGGGUACAACCAUACUAUGGUUGGGUACAACCAUACUAUGGUUGGGUACAACCAUACUAUGGUUGGGUACAACCAUACUAUGGUUGGGUACAACCAUUCCAUGUUUGGGUACAACCAUUCCAUGGUUGGGUACAACCAUUCCAUGGUUGGGUACAACCAUUCCAUGGUUGGGUACAACCAUACCAUGGUUGGGUACAACUAUACUAUUGUUGGGUACAACUAUACUAUUGUUGGGUACAACUAUACUAUUGUUGGGUACAACUAUACUAUUGUUGGGUACAACUAUACUAUUGUUGGGUACAACCAUAUUAUGGUUGA